UACCAACCGUCGUCCGUUCAUAACAAACACGAAAAUCAGUAAGCAGACUGCUGUCGUUGCGAACGGUUGAUAACGCCACGAGUUGAAAUAUACUUAACAUCAGACAUCCGGCCGUUGUACGGUAAAUAUUUCAAAAUAUAACGGCUUCUCGACUAUAUUAGCAUCAUAAGCGGAAACAUAAAACGGAUGGUAGAUUGAUAACCUGGACGAUUCUUUCAAAAACGUUUCUGUCUGCUGUUGCGAUCAGAGAUGGAUUAAAGUUCCAUUACAUACUGACAACUAUUUUCGCGUACGUGCAGUCGUACUAGUGAAGACCGUCAACUAUUAGAAGCCAUAAAAAUAAAAAGCAGUCGGUGUAAAGCAUCACACUGGUCGUUUAGUGAGCAAACGGACGCCAGUAGUUACCGUGAAUCGAUUGGAAAUCACAUGAAUUCCUUAUGAUUUGCUAUCGCUACCAGAGAAAAGUGUUAAACGAACGUUGUGUAAGUGUGCCGAAUUUAUGUGGUUGAAGUGAGAUAAAAAGUAAAAAUACCGAUCCAAAAGUUACGCUAUUGAUAUCGUGAUAGUAAAACGUGAUUGCAGCAUCGGAAAGUGAUAUUGUGCAUAGAAAACAACCCAGCAAUAGCAAAAGCUUCCUGCAAUAUGCUUCCUGUAUUGACCGAUUUUAGUACAUUUUACAAUAGGCUUUGCAUAGUGAUAACAGUAUUUAUAACCGUGAAUCUUGGAAGAAUACGGGCUGAUAACUGUGGCCAGGAGGAGCUGAACAAGUGUGCCCGCCCAUUUCAAGUGAUACAAUCGACGACGGAUCUGUCCAUAGCGACAAAAAAGGAGGAUCUGGAUAAAAUAUGCCCUGAUCUAAAUAACGGGCUACACUGCAUACGUAGCUACACGCGACGUUGUAUGACCCUGGAGCAGCGUAACCGAUUCAACAAGCUGUACAACGGCACUAACCAAUUCGUGCGAGACCUUUGUCGUGAGGGUGACUACCAGCGCGAAUUCCUUUCACACGCACCCUGCCUACAGCUGGUCCGGCCGGACUAUGAAGUUUGCGGACGGCGGUAUCAUCAUACCGUGACGGCAAUAACGAAACAGUUACAGCCCGAGGAUCACCAAAACCAGCAUCACCACGGACACCAAGGGCAGCAACAGACGGACGGGGAGUUAAGUGAACAUCAGCAUGAAGGGCGCCAUCGGAACCAUCGUACGACAAGUCGCACCGAUGAGGAUGACGUACUGAGGGUGUGCUGUUCAUUCAUGGAGUAUCUUGAUUGUUCGGAAACGGCCGCCAGAAAUACGUGCGGCCGCGAAACGGCAAGGUUUACACGUGGCUUCUUGGACAAGAUGUCGUCGACGUUAAUCAAGAUGUAUUGUGAGGAUUACUACAAAUCAAACAAAUGUCCUUCAAUGUACACAUCGUCAGCCAGCAGCCGUUGGAGUCAAUUACACAGUGCGAUACUACUGCUAGUUCCCACGAUCAUCAGCUCCAUUAGCAGCUGGACCUCUGUCUGGUGGACGUUUCGAUCAGACGCUUCAUUACGGUUACGAUAAUGUACCGCUAUUCGCAGCAUUAUCCUAUAGAAUUCUAAAAACAGCUUAAAACCUGCUUUCACUGGCUAAUGCACCGUACGAGAAGUUUUAACUAAAGUAAUGUAGUUUAGUGUAUAGCACUAAUUCGGAUUCACUCACUUUCCGUAUUAUCUCGCGCAUAGGUAGGCAGUCGUAUCUCCGACGAGGCAUUACACGGUAAACUGUUUUCUUCUUGUCUGUUUAGUUUAACUUUAAAAAGGCCAAGCCAUUAUCUUAAGGCGUCACUAUAAAAUAAAAUGACAAAUUAAUUUUAAACAAAACCGAAUGAUCCAUACCCGUAGCUCCCCCUCUCGUCGCACCAUAAUUGGCAAAUUGGAUUCAAUCCAGGCAACGGCGCAGGGCAAUCGUUUUGAAUUGUGCUCCAUCAUCAACUCAUCAACUCUAGCGCGUCGAUCAAAUGCGAAGACGUGAAGACGUCGUUGUCGUGCCUAGAAUCGACCUUAACCAUAACUCUGUACAACGCGUGGUGAACUUGCAGCACCGAUGGGUGCAAUUAGGGUUAAUUUAUUUAUUUAAAAUGGUCGGUGUUGCGGUUCGCCAUUGACGUGAACGAAGAAAAAAAAAUAGCAAAAUCAAUAGAACUGAGGAGACUCUACAUUCUCCGUCAUCAUCAGACAUCAGAGAUCGCUAAGCCAGUUAUUGUUUCUCAGCAAAAGCCAUGUAAUUCCCGUAGUUCUUUGGCUGCUGACCUUCCACAACAUGUGUUAUUAUAUAUCGCAGAUACCGAAGAUGUAGAUAGUAUUCUAGUUAAUGUGUUUACAGUUACAUGAAAUGUAGAUCAGAGUAUGAUGCUUCUGUUAGUUGCUCAGUAUCAUUUCCCUUCUAGACGUAAUCGAACGUAUUGGAACGUAGUUUUGGUAAACAAAAAUUGUAAAAAAAAACUAAUGUAGCUCGUUUCAUUAGCAAAUUCGAUCAUUUCGAUAGCGAGAUAGGGCACGGGAUAACUUGAAUAUUGUCGUUAAAUAUGAAAACAACAUAAACCUUACACAGUAACAAGAAAAUAUAAAUUACCCAUCCAAUCAAUUA